CAGUGAGCAUCCUCUCACCUCCUCUUCACUACACAUUCUGUAGGUUACUGUGUCAACAAUGGGACAAAGUCACAAGUCCAUCGUUCUGAUUAUUGUGCUAUCUUUGAUCCAAGGUGUCUCUCCUCAGCAGUGGGAGGUCAAGCUUGGCCAUGUCCAGAUCUGUGCAGUGAGUGGGUCAUCAGUGGUCAUGCCCUGCUCUUUCACUCAUCCGCCUGGUCUCACAGUCACUCAAGUCUACUGGGUUAUUGACCCUGCGAGGGGAGCAGAGUCACCUGAUCUGUGUGACAACCCAGAAUACAGCGGUAGAGUCCAGUACAGCAAUGAUAUUAAGACAAACUGCACCUUAGUCCUGAACCAGGUGAAACUGUCAGAUGCUCACACUUACCAUACAAGAAUUAUAACAGAUCAAAGCAGAGAAAAAUGGCUGUCCAGUGGAGUCGAACUAACCAUCACAGACCUGACUGUCAGUGAGAUUCGUGAGCCAGUGGUUGAGAGACAGAAUGCAGAGCUGAGCUGUGAUAGUGCCUGCACUCUGACAAACAACCCCCUUCUGGUUUGGAAAAAGGAUGGAAAGGUCUUACCUGGUAAACAAACAAACAACAACAAGAAGCUUCUCCUCAAGAACGUCAGACCUGGAGAUCAGGGAGAUUAUUCCUGUGAAUUAAAAGACCACACAGGACUUCCAUCUAAACCAGUGAAGCUGAAUGUCAUGUUCUCUCCAAAGAAUACCACACUCUCCAUCAAGCCAUCCAAUGUGAUACUCAAGGGCAGUUCAGUGACUUUGACCUGCAGCAGUGAUGCCAACCCACCAGUUCAGAGCUACAGCUGGUAUAAGAAGAGCAUGUCCUCUCCAGUAGGAUCAGGACAGCAGUACAGCAUCACUAACAUCAGCUCUGAGGAUGGAGGACAGUACUACUGUGAGGCCAGGAACAAAUAUGGAGCUGAGAACUCUACUGCUGUGUCCAUCACAGUUGAAGGCCCUCCAAACCACACUUCAGCAUCAGUCAGACCCUCUGGUGAUCUGAAAGAGGGCACUUCAGUGACUCUGACCUGCAGUAGUGAUGCGACCCCCCCUGUGGAGAACUUCACCUGGUUCUACAGCAAUGGGUCAACAGCAUCACAAGUAACUGGGAAGUAUUACAUGAUUGGACAAGGCAGCUCUGAACACAAUGGCUAUUACUACUGUGAGGCCAAGAACAAAUAUGGUGCCAGAAAUUCUACAGAUGUUUAUCUGAUGUUUUACUAUGCUCCAAGAAACACCUCUGUAUCAAUGAGUCCCUCUGGUGAAAUAGUAGAGGGCUCUUCAGUGACUCUGACCUGCAACAGUGAUGCCAAGCCACCAGUGGAAAGCGUCAGCUGGUUUAAGGUGAAUGAGUCCACUCCAGUAGGAUCAGGACAGCAGUACAGCAUCACUAACAUCAGCUCUGAGGAUGGAGGACAUUACUACUGUGAGGCCAGGAACAAAUAUGGAGCUGAGAACUCGUCUGCUGUGUUGAUGGAAAUUCAUGCCCAUUUGUGCUCUACAUUUGCUGUAAUUACAGAAGAUCACUCUUGCAUGAUCUAUAUUGUGAUUGGAGCUUCUUCUGGCUGUGGACUUCUGGGUCUUCUCUUUGUAGUCUGUUGCAUCAGAGUCCGUUGUAGAGCCAGGAAUUCUGAGGACAUAAGCCAACCAAGUCUAGACAAAAUGAAGGCAGAGGAUUCAAAUAAAAUGAGCAAUAAUGAUUAUGGAGAUUGCACAUUUGACUACAACACCAAUAUGGAUUCAGUGUACCAGACCUUUGAGCUAAAAGCCCCUGAUGAUGAUGAUUUUGAUGAUGAUGAAUUUGAUGAUGAAUUUGAUGAUGAAUUUGAUGAUGAUGAAAUUUAUCAAAACUUUGAGGCACAAUGCAAUUAUUAAUGUUUAUUGAUCUCAGAUAUGGAAAUAAGCAAACCUGAAAUCUCAGAUGUAGAAAUAGAGCAAACCUGAAAUCUCAGAUGUAGAAAUAGAGCAAACCUACAGUACAGUGGUCACAGAUGGAUAGUGGUCUCACCACCACAGUACCCCCACACACAGAGACAGAGAGACACAGAGAGAGAGAGAGAGAGAGAGAAUGAGAGAGAGAGAGAGAA